AUGACUCGUGAGCGACGAAUAGAAGCUAACGCGCGUGAAAGGACUAGAGUACACACAAUAAGUGCCGCGUUUGAUACGCUCAGGAGAUCGAUACCUUCGUAUUCUCAUAACCAGAAACUAUCCAAGCUGUCCGUGCUCAGGAUAGCUUGCUCGUAUAUAAUGACUCUGUCGUCCAUAGUGAAUAGCAGUGAACAUAAUGAAGAGUUAGAGAUACCUCAUGUUUCUGAGUGCGUGGAUAUGGUUUCGAGAACGAUUCAGAGGGAGGGAAAGUUGAGAAAGAAGAAGGAUGAUAAUGAUUAA